AUGCGGUCUUUCGCCCCCCUGGUCCUGAGCCUCCUCGGAGCUACUGCGGCUGUCCACGCCGCCGAUGCUGAGGCCGAAGCUACUGAUGCCAAUGCCAAUGUCGUCACGCUAACAACGGACACCUUUGAUGAGUUCGUCAAGGAGCAUCCACUGGUGCUUGCUGAGUUCUACGCGCCCUGGUGCGGUCACUGCAAGUCUCUUGCCCCCAAGUACGAAGAGGCUGCAACCGAGCUGAAGUCCAAGGACAUUCCCCUCGUCAAGGUGGACUGCACUGCGGAGGAGGAGCUGUGCCGAACCUACGAGGUUGAUGGCUACCCUACACUCAAGGUGUUCCGUGGUGCCGACUCGCACAAGCCCUACGCUGGUGCCCGCAAGACUGACGCCAUUGUUUCAUACAUGACCAAGCAGUCGAUGCCUGCUGUCUCCAGCGUGAACGAAGACAAUCUGGAAGAGUUCAAGGCUCUCGACAAGAUCACCAUUAUCGGAUACGUGGCCUCCGAUGACAAGACCUCCAACAAGAGCUUCACUACCUUUGCCGAGUCGCAGCGCGACAACUACCUCUUCGCCGCCUCCAACGACGCUGCCCUCGCCAAGGCCGAGGGAGUCAAGCAGCCUUCCAUCGUCCUUUACAAGGACUUCGAUGAGAAGAAGGCCGUAUACGAUGGAAAGCUCGAAGAUGAGGCCAUUCUGGAAUGGGUCAAGACCGCCAGCACUCCUCUUGUUGGCGAACUCGGCCCCGAGACUUACUCGAAGUACAUGGCGGCCGGUAUCCCCUUGGCUUACAUUUUCGCCGAGACUCCCGAAGAGCGUGAGAAGUUUGCUGAGGAGUUCCGUCCCAUCGCUGAAAAGCACCGCGGAGACAUCAACAUUGUCACCCUCGACGCCAAGCUGUUUGGUGCCCACGCCGGCAACCUCAACCUUGAGCCCGAGAACUUCCCCGCCUUCGCUAUCCAGGAAACCGCCAAGAACGCCAAGUACCCUUACGACCAGACCAAGAAGCUCGAGGUCAAGGAGGUUGCCAAGUUCAUCAAGAAUGUCCUUGACGGCAAGGUCGAGCCUAGCAUCAAGUCCGAGCCCAUCCCCGAGACUCAGGAGGGAUCUGUCACCGUUGUCGUUGGCCGCAACUACAAGGAUGUCGUCAUUGACAACGAGAAGGAUGUCCUUGUCGAGUUCUACGCUCCUUGGUGCGGACAUUGCAAGGCUCUUGCUCCUAAGUACGACGAGCUCGCCGCUUUGUACGCUGAUGUUCCUGAGCUGAACGAGAAGGUCACCAUUGCCAAGAUUGAUGCCACUGCCAAUGAUGUGCCUGACUCCAUCACUGGAUUCCCCACCAUUAAGAUCUACCCCGCUGGUGCCAAGGACGCUCCCAUUGAGUACGCUGGCUCCCGUACCGUUGAGGAUCUCGUCUCCUUCAUCAAGGAGAACGGCAAGUACCAGGUUGACGGUCUUGCUGACGGUGCCAAGAAGCCCGAGCAGGAUGGCGAGGUCACCUCAUCUGCCGCCAAGGCCGCUGAGACUGCUUCCGAUGAGGAGGGUCACGAUGAGCUGUAA